AUGGCACACUCCUCCUCCUCCUCCGCCUUCCCCGCUCAGAGACACUCCAGCCUGGUGCAGCCGCUGUGUGUCAGCCCACAGAGGAGCCAGAGUCCCAUCUACAACCAGCAGUAUUCAGGGAAUGGAGUGGCUCCUGCAUUUGUCAAGUGCCUCCACGAUGUGUCCACAGUGAAGGGUCAGCUGGUGGUCCUGGAGUGCAGACUGAGGGGGACGCCUCCCCUGCAGGUCAUGUGGUACCGGGAGGAUGAACAAAUACUGGACUCAGACGAUUUUAGGAUACUACGCAAGAAGGCCAGCUCUGCAUCCGUGCCAGAGGAGCUGUGUACACUGGUGAUCACGGAGGCCUUUCCAGAAGACUCUGGCCUCUUUAAAUGUGUGGCCCUCAACUCCUUCGGCACGGUCUCCUGCUCGGCAAUCCUGGAAGUUUACAACGACCUGGAGGAGCAGCUGGAGAUCGAGGCCGUUCGUCAGCAGGAGGCACUUUCUCUCAGACAGGAAAAGGAGGCGGCGUUCCAACAGGAGACUUCCUCCUCCAGAAAGAGCAGCGAGGACUUUCUCUCUGAGCUGCCCGACUCCAUGAGCCUCCCCCCUCCUGAGUGGCCUGACACCCCUCAAGAAGAUAACAUCCCUGUUGCAGAUUUUCCAGAGCCUGAGCCGGCCAACCACUUCUCUGAACAGCGCUUUGGUUGCAGGGAGGAGGAAAGUGCCCUGAGCUCACAGGGACAAAGGUCACCAGAAGUCACUGUCCGAGCCUGUACGCCCAGCCCUCCCCCUCCACCCUCACCACCACCACCAGCCCAAGUCAAGGAGACAACCCAAACAUCCAAGCUGUUCACCCCAAGCAAGCUCAGUUUCACUUCCUCCCAGCCAGGAGGCAACAACAUGAACCUGUCAGACCUGCCUACCUUCACUCCCAGCGCCUUCCCUCCCAGUGCCUUUAACUAUGAGCGACCGAGGCAUUUUAUUCAAUCGCAGCCUUCCUUCCAGGCACCCAGCUAUGAAAGUGUUCUGAGGGAGGCCCAGGAGAACCAAAAUAACUCCCAACAGAGUCUCAACAGUCCCCAAAAGAGUCCAAAUGUUCCAGACACACAGAGCCAAACUAAAAUGAUGUCUACACAAAGUCAGUCUUUUUCUCAGACUCAGUCAGUGUCCAGGUCCUUGUCUCAGACCCAGUCACAGUUUCAGUCACUAAGCCUCAGUCAGAACCAAACCCAGUCUGUUGCCCAGACCCAGAUCCAGACCCAGACCCAGACCCAGGCCAAUGGCACAAGCAAGUCCUCUCCCUCCUCAUCCAGUCUCAGCUCUCCAGUUUCCAACCCGGCCUCUUCUGCUGCACCUCCUCUUUCCUGCGCUGCCCCCUUGCUCAGUCCCACUGACUCCACCACCUCCUCUUCCCCUCUCCCAGUCUCCUCCUCUUCUCUCCCCCGCACCACCAUGCGUUCCACCAUAACCCUCACCCCCAGCAUCCCCAGCGCCACUGGCCUCGGCAGCGCCACCCUGCCGGCAAACCAGGACACCAUGUCAGCACCCGCUGCUUUCCUCUGCUCUGUGUUGCCCUCCCAGUCCGCCUUCUCCCCUUUUUCCUCCUCCAAGCUCUCCCCCAACUCCAACCUUCCCCACCCCUCCACCUCCCCUUCCCGCUCACCACUCCCCCCCACCUGCUCCCGCUCCCCACUCCCUCCCUCCAGCCCUCUCCUCCCCAUGAGGGCCUCCUCCACUCUGUCCUCCCUGCCUCAGCAGCCUCUCCCAGUGUCCCCUUCCCUACCUCGCUCCCCUCUCUCUCCCUCCUCCUCCUCCUCCUCUCUCCCGCAGCCCAGCACUCCCACAAACAGUCAGAGCAGAGCACCGCCUGCUGUGGUCUCCCUGCCCGCCAGCUAUAAGGGGACGCCAAACAUCCUUCCCAAGCCCAUCCUGAAGAAGGCUGUAGCUCCUCGGCCUUCUUCCGCUCGCUCCACCGAUGAUGACAUUCAGGGCUCCAAAGACGCCCUCAUCCAGGAUCUGGAAAAGAAGCUGCGCUCAAAAGAGGCCAGGAGGAGAAACAAAACUGUCCUAUGA